AUGAGCCACCAAACCGGUCUACAGGUGCCAUUAUUAUCAUACCCAUUUUGUUAAAUAACUUGCGAGGUCGUGCAGCUCGGAAGUUAUGGAAAUCAGGGAGUUAGGGAUCUCAGGUAUGCCGCAACUCUACGGCCUGCGUUCUCAGCUACACUCAGGCGCUUCCCAAGCCGCUGGGGCCGGGAUCUCAUUUGGGUUUGGUUACAUCCUUCUGGCCAGAACGGCGCUUGUUGGUGUUUGUUGGAUAAUGAAUGGAUAGACGACCAGAAGAAACAUGGCUACCUGGUCAGAGAUAGGAAAUGAACCCCAGAGGUGUGCACGUUUCUCGUUUGCCCUCCCGCGCUUCCCGGCGGGUCUCACCUGCUAGGCUGGGUCGUUUGCAGUACACGCCCCACUUCCGCUUCUGACCCCGCCUCCGACAGCUGCUGUUCGCUUCGCGUUCCAUAAUUUUGUCCCCAGCGUCGAGCCGUCUCCACCGCCCUGGCCGCUGCCAUGGCGGCAGCUCCGCUGCUCUCCAAGGCCGAGUAUCUGAAGCGGUACCUGUCUGGCGCAGAUGCCGGCGUCGACAGUUCUGAGUCCGGGCGCAAGCGUCGCAAAAAGCGGCCGAAGUCUGGCGGGACCAGCGGCAAGGGAAUGAGGAUUGUAGAUGAUGACGUGAGCUGGACAGCUAUUUCUACCACUAAACCAGAAAAGGAGGAAGAGGAAGAUGAUGGAGAUUUGCCUGUGGUGGCUGAGUUUGUGGAUGAGCGGCCAGAAGAAGUAAAGCAGAUGGAGGCCUUUCGUUCCAGUGCCAAAUGGAAGCUUCUGGGAGGCCAUAGUGAAGAUUUGACCUCACGUAGUCAUUUUCGUCACGGUACCCCAGAUCCAUCUCCCAAGAGGGCCCGUCACGAUACCCCGGAUCCAUCUCCUCCCAGGAGGGCCCGUCACGAUACCCCGGAUCCAUCUCCUCCCAGGAGGGCCCGUCACGAUACCCCGGAUCCAUCUCCUUCCAGGAGGGCCCGUCACGAUACCCCGGAUCCAUCUCCUCCCAGGAGGGCCCGUCACGAUACCACGGAUUCAUCUCCUCACAGGAGGGCCCGUCACGAUACCACGGAUCCAUCUCCUCCCAGGAGGGCCCGUCACGAUACCACGGAUUCAUCUCCUCACAGGAGGGCCUGUCACGAUACCACGGAUCCAUCUCCUCCCAGGAGGGCCCGUCACGAUACCCUGUAUCCAUCUCCUCCCAGGAGGGCCCGUCAUGAUACCCCGGAUCCAUCUCCUCCCAGGAGGGCCCGUCAUGAUACCCUGUAUCCAUCUCCUCCCAGGAGGGCCCAUCACGAUACCCCGGAUCCAUCUCCUCCCAGGAGGGCCCGUCGUCACGAUACCCUGUAUCCAUCUCCCCCCAGGAGGGCCCGUCAUGAUACCUUGGAUCUUUCUCCUCGUAGGCGAGUCCGUCAUGAUACCCCUGAUCCAUCUCCUCCCAGAAGGACCCGUCAUGAUACCCCAGAUCCAUCUCCUCCCAGGAGGGUCCGUCAUGAUUCUCUGGAUUAUUCUCCCCCCAGGAAGUCUCAUCGUAAUUCUACAGGGGUAUCUCCUAGGAGAGUCCAUCGUGACUCAUCAGAUCCAUCUCCUCGUAGGAGAGCCCAUCACAAUUCUUCAGAUGUCUGUUCCCCUAGAAGGGCCCGUAACAGCUCCCCUGACACAUCUCAGCCUAGGAGGACUCUUGACUCCUUGGACACACGGCAACUCAGGAGGGUCCGUCAUGACUGCCCUGCUAUGGCUCCUGAUGUCACUCGUUCACUGCCCAGAGCCAAAAGCAGUAAAGUCCCAGAAAGAACCUCUAGGAAGACUUCUCCAUAUCAGAAGGGGCCACUGCCAAAGUACAACAAAGAUGAAUAUGACUCAGACCUCUCUCCUCCACGAAAAAAGCAAGCAAAAUCCCAUUUUGGAGAUAAGAAGCAGCUUGAUUCUAAAGGUAACUGCCAGAGAGCCUCAGAUUCAGAUCUUUCUCCUCCACGGCAUAAACAAAGUCUAGGGCACCAGAAUUCUGAUUCAGAUCUGUCACCUCUGCGGAAUAGACCUAGGCACCGAGGCUCUGAUUCUGACCUUUCUCCACCAAGGAGGAGACAGCGGACCAAAUCUUCUGAUUCUGAUCUGUCUCCACCUCGAAGGAGUCAGCCUGCUGGAAAGAAGGCUGCACAUAUGUAUUCUGGGGCUAAGACUGGGUUGGUGUUAACUGACAUCCAGCGAGAGCAGCAGGAGCUCAAGAAACGGGACCAAGAAACUGUGGCAUUUGAAGCUGAAUCCCAGUAUGCUGAAACUGUAUUCCGAGAUAAGUCUGGUCGUAAGAGGAACUUGAAACUGGAACGUUUAGAGCAAAGGAGGAAAGCAGAGAAGGACUCAGAGAGAGAUGAACUGUAUGCCCAGUGGGGAAAAGGGCUUGCCCAGAGCCGGCAACAGCAACAAAAUGUAGAGGAUGCCAUGAAGGAGAUGCAAAAGCCUCUGGCCCGCUACAUUGAUGACGAAGAUCUGGAUCGGAUGCUAAGAGAACAAGAAAGAGAGGGAGACCCCAUGGCCGAGUUCAUCAAGAAGAAUAAGGCCAAGGAGAACAAGAAUAAGAAAGUGAGACCUCGCUACAGUGGUCCAGCACCUCCUCCCAACAGAUUUAAUAUCUGGCCUGGAUAUCGCUGGGAUGGAGUGGACAGGUCCAAUGGAUUUGAACAGAAGCGCUUUGCCAGACUUGCCAGCAAGAAAGCAGUGGAGGAACUUGCCUACAAAUGGAGUGUUGAAGACAUGUAACUUUUCGGAGGCUGUGUGCAUGGCUGUGGGUUAUGUUAGUGGACACAGGACAGUAGGACAUCUGUGCUGCUAAUCAGGGCCCACACAAACCAGCAACUUCUUGAACGGUAGCUUUGACCACAGAAGAAUAUUUGAGACCUGAUUUUUGGACUGAGGUACCUGUACUUUUCAGGUGUGACAAUACUGGCUGUUGCUGGCUUUUAGAGGAAGCAUUGAUUUCUCAGUGUCCCAGGGUUUCUUAUUGAUGAGGCUUUCUCCUUUUUCUUUUUUUAAAUAAACAUGCAUUUAUUUUUUUAAAA